AUGUGGGAGCCAUUAUCCCAGCUUCCUUUAUUAAUGCAGGGUUGUUCCAAGAAAGAUUACAUUCUUACACACUUGUUAAGUAGUCAAAUGUUUACGGAUACUGAAAACCCCGUUUGCUUGGCUUUAUUUUGCCCUUCAAGGGAAACUUUGUUUUCCCCGCAAAAGUCUCAUUUUAUUUAUCUUUAUGAAAAUGAAAAGUAUGUAGGAGAAUUAUACUCAUUAAAAAAAGAAUUAGCCCGAAUUCUUGCCAACUCUGCACCAAAAAAUUGCGAAAUUAAGUUUAAUGAUAAAAACGGCAAUAUUGGUUUAUGUGCGAUUGAUAAUACACGAGUUCCCUCGAUUGCCUUCAUUGACGCUCAAUUAGUUCCUAGUCAGAAAAUAAAAGUUAGUUCGCGUCAUUUAACCCGAAUAUCGAUUAAAGAGAAAGUGGAUUUAGAUUUAUUAAAUAAAAAGUUAGCCCGAAUUAGAGAGUUUACCCAGGAUUUUUUUUUAACUCCUUUUCGGGGUUUAAGAAAAGAUGUUCAGUGGACAGAAUAUUUGAUUGCGGUUCAAAUGGUCGGAGUAUCUCAUUUUCGACAAAAAGUUUAUAAUUGCUGUUCCCAAAUCCCAAGUGGGCAGAUAUCCACUUAUAAGGGUAUCGCUCAGUUUCUCAAUAUUUCGUCGCGAGUAGUCGGGCAAGUUCUCAAAAAUAAUCCUUAUUUAUCAGAAAAAGUUCCCUGCCACCGGGUUAUUGCUUCUAAUUAUUUUAUUGGCGGAUUUCGGGGCGAAUGGGGAGAAGGAGAGAAAAUUAGAGAAAAGAAAGAAAAAUUAGCCAGUGAGAGAAUAUUUUUUGACGAAAAAGGCUAUUUAGUAAAAAGUUUACGUGGUCGAUACAGCACAUAUAUUCCUGACAAUUAUACCGGCAGUCCUCCUAUUCGCACAAUUUGUAGUAGUCCAGAAUAUGCUAUUGACAACGCUUUUAAAUUAAAUAAAGUAGAUGUAAAAUUUAAUAAAAAAAACUUGCCAAGAAAAGAUGGUUAUGUUUCUUCUUGGGAUACAACUAUUGAUGAGGCUAUUAAAGAUAUUGGAAAGCAACAAAAAGAACAAGAUUAUCAAAGCUUAAAAGAAGCGAUUGAAGAUGAUCCUCUUAUGUCAGAGGCGGUAAUUGAUAGCAAUGAACAAUUAGAGUUAAAAAGUAAAGAAGAACAAUCAGCAAUCUCCCCCGAAAAAGAAUUAUUAGAACCUGAAAAAAGUUUGCUAAGUAAAGUUAAAAGUGUAAUUAAAUCUGCCCGCCAAGCAAAAGAAUUUAUUGCUUAUGCUCAGAUUAGGAAAGAUGUUAAGUCCCAACAAGAAAGAGAUGAGUUAGUAAGGAUAAACAAAGAGAAUGUGCAAAGAAUCGUUGAACGAAAUAGUAGUGAAUGA